UCCUCGCUCCCCUCGCACUCACGACGAGAUCCCAAAUCCCGAUCCCGUUGCGGAGCAGAGGAAAAGGAAAAAAAGAUACCGUUGCCUUCUCGUUCCGUUCGGCUCGGCUCGGCUCAUCCCCCUUCGUAAAACCCAGACCACCACGAGGCAUGGGAGAGGAGACCCUCGUGGCCAUGCCGCUCGCGCCCCACCACCACGGCGUCCGCCUCGAUGCCGCGCCCCCCCACCUCGCUGCCGCCCCGCCGGAGGAUCUGGCGGACGACGGGGUCGUCCAGGCGCGCGCUCUGCCGCAGGAGAUCCGAGGCCUGCAGCCCCGGCCAGCGGCGGCGGCGGACGGCGGCGAGGAGGAGGAGGACGUGUACUACGCGCGGAAGAUGAUGCAAGGAGUGGUGCUCCGGCCGCCGCCGCACCUGCCGCAGCCGGAGGCGCCGCCGGGUCUGACCCGGGCUGUCUCGACGCCCGCGGCGCCCCACCGCGGGUAUGCCGAUGACGAAGAAGAAGAGCGGACGCCCACGCCCAUCCCCAUCGAGCGGUCCGCCUCCGCAAACUCCGCCUCGGCGGGCGUCGUGGACGUGGCGUCCAUCGGGCGGUUCUUCCGCGAUCGGCGCGACGUGCUGUCCUCGGCCAUCAACCGCCGCAUCUCCUCGCUCAAGGAAACCUCGGCGCCGCCGGCGGACAAGGAAAACAGCUACGGCGUGCAGGAGAUCCACCUGCCCAACGUGAAGGUCACCGUCCGCCUCAAGGAGGCCAUCGCGGCCGACGCGGACGAGGACGACGGGUACUCCUCCUUCCCGGCGGCGGGCAUCAGCCACAUCAAGGGCCGGGUCAGCUUCUUCUCCCGGUCCGGCUGCCGCGACUGCGCCGCCGUGCGCGCCUUCUUCCGCCAGUCCGGCCUGCCCUACGUGGAGAUCAACCUCGACGUGUUCCCGGAGCGGGAGCCCGAUCUCGCGUCCCGGGCCGGCGCCGCGGCGCGCGUGCCCCAGAUCUUCCUCAACGAGAAGCUCCUCGGCGGGCUGGUCGUGCUCAACUCGCUGCGCAACAGCGGCCAGUUCGAGCGCCGCGUGCGCGACCUCGCCGGGAGGCGGUGCCCCGACGCGGCGCCGCGGGUGCCCGUGUACGGGUUCGAUGUGGAGAGAGAGGAGGAGAGGGAGGACGCCAUGGUGGGCAUCGUCAGGGUGCUCCGGCACCGGCUGCCUAUACAGGACCGGUUCGUCAGGGUGAAGCUCGUCAAGAACUGCUUCUCCGGCGCCGACAUGGUCGACGGCAUAGUGAACCACUUGGAAUGCAGCAGGAAGAAGGCUGUGGAAAUCGGCAAAGAACUUGCGAGAAAGCACUUCAUCCACCAUGUCUUCAGAGAGAACGACUUCGAGGACGGCGGGCAGAACCUGUACCGGUUCCUGGAGCACGACCCGGCCGUGCCCAAGUACUACAACUUCAGGGGCGCCACCAACGACGGCGAGCCGAAGCCGGCGGCCGGCGUGGGCCAGAGGAUGACCAAGAUCAUGGUGGCCAUCCUCGAGGCCUACGGCUCCGACGACCGGCGCCGCCUAGACUACGGCCGCGUGGCCGCCAGCGAGGAGUUCAGGAGGUACGCCAACCUGGCGCAGGACCUCCAGCGCGCCGACGUGUUCGCGCUCCCGGCCGGCGAGCGGCUGUCGUUCUUCCUCAACCUGCACAACGCCAUGGCCAUCCACGCCGCCGUCGUCGCCAGGGCCGGCGGCGCGCAGACGGCGGCGCCGGGGAUCGGGGACCGGCGGUCCUUCUUCGCCGACUUCCUGUACGUCGUCGGCGGGUACCCUUACUCCCUGACGACCAUCACCAACGGCGUCCUCCGGGCCAACCGCAGGCAGCCCUACUCCAUCGUCAAGCCCUUGGCAUCCUCCGACAAGAGGCUCGAGCUGGCUGAGGGGAAGGUGAACCCGCUGGUGCAUUUCGCGCUGUGCACCGCGACGCGGUCGAGCCCGACGGUGCGGUUCUACUCCACGCAGGGCGUGGAGCCGGAGCUUAGGCACGCGGCGCGGGAGUUCCUCCUCGACGGCGGCGCGGAGGUCGACCUCGAGACCCGCACCGUGUACCUCACCAGGAUCAUCAAAUGGUACAGCGCUGAUUUCGGGCAGGACAGGGACAUACUCAGGUGGAUCCUCAACUACCUGGACCCUGCCAAGGCCGGGCUCCUGACGCACCUCCUCAACGACGGCGGGCCGAUCAGCAUCGCGUACCAGGACUACGACUGGUCCUUCAACGCCUCCUGAGCUGAUCAAAUUUAUAUUCGUCCCAACUCUUGAAGAAAUCUGCUUUACGCGUGCAGCGUUGGUACGCGCCAGAUCGAGUUGCAGCCGCGGGUUUUUCUCUCUGGAGAUGGAUGUCUGGAGAUGGCGAGACAUGUUCAGAGAAUUAGCGGCCAACAGUGCGUGCGUGGAGCUUGAAUGCUUGAUUAGUACGUAAACUAGUAACAGAAAUACAGAAGUGUGAUGGUGUAAAUAUAUAGUAUCUAUUAUAUACUAAAAGGAAUACGAAGGGUACCGAGUGGAGCCUCCACGUUGAUCCACGCCAUCCUAAUUAUUUUCAACCGUUGGAUAUGAGAUUAA